GCGGAGCGCCGCCGCCUCCGCCUCCGCCGCCGCCGCCUCCGCCGCCGCCGCUCAAGUGAAACACAGCCAGCGCCAGCCGUUGGUGCUUCAACAAGAAAGAUGCUUUCCGCCGCAACUCUCCCCGUGCUGCUAGUUUUAUUCGGCCUGGCAGCGAGCAAACAAAACGAUUUGUAUACUUUCAAAGUGGUGAACAGUAGAGGGAAAUUGGUGUCCCUUGAAAAAUACCGGGGCUCGGUAUCCCUGGUCGUGAACGUGGCCAGCGAAUGCGGUUACACCGAGGAACACUACAAAGGCCUUCAGAAACUGCAACGGGACUUGGGGCCGUAUCACUUCAAUGUCCUGGCAUUUCCCUGCAACCAAUUUGGCCAGCAGGAACCUGGCAGUGACAAGGAGAUUGACAGCUUUGUGCGCCGAGUCUACGGAGCCUCAUUUCCCCUCUUUAGUAAAAUUGCUGUGGUAGGAACAGGAGCGAACAACGUCUACAAGUACCUUGUUGAGUCUUCUGGGAAGGAGCCCGACUGGAAUUUCUGGAAAUACCUUAUCGAUGUGGAUGGAAAAGUGGUAGAUGCGUGGGGACCGCAGGUUUCGAUUGAAGAAUUACGUCCAAAAAUAGCUGACAUGGUGCGGCAGAUCAUCCUAAAAAAGAAAGAAGAGUUGUAAUUUCCUACUACACCAUCUAUCAAGCUGUCUGUCGGUGUGUGCACUCCACUCAUCUGCUUGAGUAGAUUCCAACGACUUCCUUCAGGAAACAAAUGAUCAACGGGGUAAAUGAAUGCACUGCUUAAACCUCAGAAAAUGGGUUCCUCUGAUGAGUGUUGCGUAAGGCUUCCAUUUUUUUAAUAUAGUGGCAUUCGUGACGACUUUUUUGCUGUUGUUGUUGUUGAACAGACAGACCUAGCUGAGUCUUUUGUCCAAUUAGUAGCAAGUCAAAAACUCAAUCGGACAGUGGCUUCACUUUGUUAACUCUAAAGUGACUGUCCCAGUUUGAGUUGUGAUUUAACAAUUAUUCACCAACAAGCAUAAUAACAAAAGAAGCAUUUAUCAUAUUGCCAAAAAGUUUAUUUUGUACUUGACAAAUUUCCACAUGAUUCUAUUUCAUGUCCUUACUUCUAUAAGCUGAAAAAUUCAGUCUUCCCUCAACACAUUCCACACAGCAAUCUUGCUACAGUACCUUUACUACCUUGGCACCAUACGGCAGCCUAGUUUGCAUACCUGAGGAAUAAAGACAACAGUUUGUGUGUGACAAGUUCAAAAGGUGAAAAAAAAUAAAACAAAAAUUGGCUUCCAACUCA